GCUUUGGCUUUGUGGUUUUUUUUGCGUGCUGUGGCUGCGUGUGCGUGUGUGCCUUACUCAACCUCCAUUUUCUCCGCGCCCUUGCCGCAUCACCUUUCUGUCUGCUUUGAUCUCCCCAAGUGCACCACCACCUGUUCACGCACACACCCGGCACCGUGACGACGCUUUCUGUGCUAGUUCGCUCCCUUAGGAUCAGUGCCAGAGCAGCUCGCGGGCUCCCCUCUGCCUCCUGCUCUUCGUCGCGUGCAUUUCCGCACCUCGCCUCCACCCCUAUCUCUUUGCGCACCAACGCCUCCAAGAUGCCUCCCGUUCUCGAGCCCCUUGGCCCUGUGCACGCCGCCUACAGGGAUACCCAGAAGGACGCCCCGUACGAGACCAGCGCCGUCUCUGACUGCUCCGUCAACCCUUCCAACCACACGCUGGACAACCAUGGCAUCGGCAACGUGCACCAGGAGCACUGGAACCUGCCCACGGCUGCCCUGUACGAGCACGCCGUCCACCGUGGUGAAGGCCACAUUGUUCACCUUGGGCCCCUCUGCGUCCGCACUGGCAAGCACACUGGCCGUGCUGCUGGCGACAAGUACUUUGUGCGCGAGCCCACCUCUGAGAAGAACAUUGCCUGGGGCGAUGUGAACCAGGAAAUGUCCGAGGAGGCCUUCAACUGGCUGCAUCGCAAGUGCAUCGCCUACCUGCAGAACCGCACCGUGUACGUCAUGGACGUGCUUGCCGGCCACGACCCCAAGACGCAGAUGCCCGUGCGCAUCGUCACCGAGACGGCGUGGCACGCCCUCUUUGCCCGCACCAUGUUCGUGCGCCCCACGGACGAGGCCCUCAAGACCCACGUGCCCAAGUUUACCGUCAUCCACUGCCCCGGCCUCAAGGCCGACCCGGCCCACGACGGCACCAAGUCGUCCACCUUCAUCUCCCUGCACAUGGGCAAGGGCCUGGCCGUGAUUGGCGGCACCCACUACGCCGGCGAGAUGAAGAAGUGCAUCUUCACCGUCAUGAACUACUACCUCCCGCUCAAGGGCAUCAUGACCAUGCACGCCGCCGCCAACGUCGGCGACGACGACCGCACGGCCAUCUUCUUUGGCCUCUCCGGCACGGGCAAGACCACGCUCAGCGCAGACGAGUCGCGCAAGCUCAUUGGCGACGACGAGCACAUCUGGUCCGAUGAGGGCGUCGCCAACAUUGAGGGCGGCUGCUACGCCAAGGUCAUCCGCCUCUCCGCCCAGGCCGAGCCCACCAUCUGGCACACCACCCGCCAGUUUGGCACCGUCCUGGAGAACGUCAUCAUGCACCCGGUCACCCGCACGCUCGACCUCAGCGACAACUCCAUCACGGAGAACACCCGCGCCGCCUACCCGCUGCAGUUUGUGCCCAACCGCCAGGCCUCUGGCUGCGGCGGCCACCCGGCCAACGUCAUCAUGCUCACCUGCGACGCCUUUGGCGUGCUCCCGCCCAUCUCCCGCCUCACCCCGGCCCAGGCCGAGUACUGGUUCCUCCUCGGCUACACCGCCAAGGUGGCCGGCACGGAGCUCGGCGUCACCAAGCCCACCGCCACCUUCAGCGCCUGCUUCGGCCUGCCAUUCAUGCCGCUGCACCCGACCGUCUACGCCAAGCUCCUGCGCGAGAAGAUGGAGAAGCACAACGUCAGCGUGUGGCUCCUCAACACGGGCUGGUCUGGCGGCCCAUACGGCGUUGGCGAGCGCUUCAGCAUCAAGCACACCCGUUCCAUGCUUGCCGCCGCCCUCGACGACAAGCUGCAGGACGUGCCCCUGAAGAAGCACGAGACGUUCAACCUCAACAUGCCCACCUCCUGCCCCGGUGUGCCCGAGGACGUGCUUGACCCCCGCAACACGUGGUCCGACGCCGCCGCCUACGAGAAGCAGGCCAACGAGCUGGCUGCCCUCUGCGUCGAGGGCUUCAAGCCCUUCGUCGACGCCGUCACCCCAGACGUCCUCGAGACCGCCCCCAGGGCUUAAGCCAAACUCUCACUCACACACGCACACGUACACCCGCAUGCGUGUGUAUGCAUGUGUGCAUGUGUGUGUAGAGUUGCCGUGAUGUGCGUGACACAUGACAUUGAAAAUGUUGUGGUGUGACACGACCUUUAUGGCAUUUCGUUUCGUAGGUGUUGGUCGCUUCUUGUUGUGUGUAUGUUUUGUCGUGCGAUGUUGCCUGGAUGAAUCGCCCUGCCAUGAGUUUCCCUUGCUUGUGGUAGUGGCACACAACAACAACAACAACAACAACAACAGCAUCAGAGUCUUUGUUGUUUUGUUUGCAUGUUCUUGUUUGCAUGUUAUGUUACAACUGUGUGUAUGUAUGUAUUGUAGCGGUUACACCCAUCACCCCUUUUGUCUUCCGCAUCCCUUGCUUGCUCCAUCGUCGUCAAUAAAGCACACACACACACCACCAACACGAAACGAGACAAGUGAAUGUGUGUGUGUGUGUGUGUGUGU